AUGAAGUUCAUUGGACUGUCCGUCCUUGUGGUGGCCAUAGCCUCAUUGAGCAUGGCCUCGCAAGUGGGAAAUCCGAGCGCUGAACCAGUUGAAGAGUCGAUUAAGGAGUUCAAGAGGGAACCUGAAGAUGCCCACACGGAGACCUGCUGUUGGUGA